AUGAACAAAUUGAACACCACUUCGGUGUCAUUGGCCGUCACUCCGACUGUGGUUUCGACGCUCUUUUCUCAUUAUCUUAAUCGAAAGCCACUGAAGCAACGGCCGACAGCUCAUCUGUCGUACGACGAAGGUCUCCAUCUCAUCCGAUCAUUCUUGGACUUUGCAUCACAUCACACCGUCGAAGAGCUGCAGGCUUUCACCUCGCAAUGGGUUCCCAGUCCCCAGUGGAUAAAAGUCGACGUCGCCAAGAUUUCAGACGAAUGUUUGUCUCGGUCUGCUGAAUUGAUCCAAAAUCAAUUGGGUCCAGACGGAAUUGUCCAAGUCGGCGGCAAACAGUGGUGGCAAUGGAGGAAGCCAAAGUCGACCUUUGAGGCGGAAUGGAUUGAAAUGCGCUCACACCAUAACGCAAGAAAGGCCAACAAUGACCCUGGAAGACGCGUCAUGUUGUAUGUCCAUGGCGGAGCAUAUUUCUUCGGAAGUGUUGAUGAGCAUCGGUACCAAAUGCAACGCCACGCACGUAAAUUGAAGGCUAGAGUCUUCGCUCCACGAUACCGUCUGGCACCCCAGUUUCCGUUUCCUUGCGGAUUGCAAGAUUGUGUGGCGGCAUACUUGUACUUGCUUUCUGUACAAGAUCCUAGCACCAUCGUGUUGGCUGGCGACUCUGCCGGUGGCGGCAUGGUCAUGUCUAUGCUGUGCGUUUUGCGAGAUCAGGGCAUUCCUCUCCCUGCUGGCGCAAUUCUCAUUAGCCCUUGGGUGGAUCUUGCGCAUUCAUUCCCAAGUGUUGCCGUCAACUCGUCAUUUGAUUAUAUACCGCAAUCCGGAUUCCAUCACAAGCCCUCGCGUGCCUGGCCACCUCCAAACGAAGACGACAUCAACUUGCUCCGAGGGGAAGCAGCCCAACAAGCGAACAAGGUCAAGACAGCUGGAACCGAAAAGGAGCAUUCACCUGGGCCAAAUAUUUCAAAACCAGAGACUGGGGAGCCCGUCCACGCGGAUAAACCGGCUGACUUGGCGGAAAACGAGACGGGGUGUGUCAAACAUUUGACCGUCAGCAUAGAUGGGAAACCGGUGGUUAUCAAAGACCAGAUUCAGAUGUAUACCACGAACGCGCUUCUGAACCACCCUCUCGUGAGCCCUGUCUUGCAACCGACGUUGGGUGGUCUACCUCCCUUGUUGAUCAUGGUUGGAGGCGGGGAGAUUCUUCGUGACGAGCAGAUCUACUUAGCUCACAAAUGUGCCAACCCGAUGAAAUAUGCGCCGCCUCUCGAAACUCUUUCCGAAAGAGACCGGGAGCUGUUAGAGAAGUACAAGCCUACCGAUGUGCAGCUCCAAGUGUGGGACGACCUAUGCCAUGUUGCACCAACGCUCAGUUUCACGAGACCUGCCAAAUUUAUGUAUAGGUCGAUCGCUCAAUUUGGUGCUUGGGCUUUGGCUAGGGCCCAGAAAAGAGGCAUCGAGAUUCUAGAUGAUGACGAUAUUUCAGUAAUUUCCAGCUCAGGCUCCGACGCAGAUGGCACAGAUCCGCAUAAGCAGAAGGAGCAAGUACAGGAUGGUAAUGAACAGACAGGGCCAGGCCAGGUUGGCAAAGCCGGAGACGCCUUACCUCCCUUCAAAAGGCACAUGAUCCGGCAGCGCGUCACGCGUCACGGCGUUACGCUUCCACUUACUGAAGAGUCAGAGCUUCCUGGAUGUUGCAUGAAUUCUUCAGAUAUUGGCGUAGCCAAAGAAGGCACCGUAAAGCGAUGGCAAGCAACGAGAACGCAAUGGGACAACCGAUAUUCAUCUGUCAAGGCAAAGAUUCAUAAGAAGAUUGUUAAGGACAUGGUGACAGGAUUCGAAGACUUCGGGGCGAAUGAGCAUCCACCACCAACGGCUCUCGCCGGGCGACGAUUGAUCGACUCCGAACUUGUGGAGAGGAAGAGAACCAAGGGAAUGGGCUUGGCACUUUGGUCGCUUUGGGGAUCCAAACAUGACGAACUCACCGUUGAACGAGAGAAGGAAGCCGAUAGAACCCCUGAAGCACAAGACGUUACUGGUGAUGAAGGGCGGGGAGCUAGAUCAUAUCAGGACAUUGAAUCCCAGCAGCCCGGCUCUUCAAAAGCAGAUAUUGGCAGCAGGAGUAGAUCUCGCCGUCGCACAGUCGUCGAUGAGCACCAAACAGGACCACCUGCCGUGGAUGAAAACACGCCAGUGGCACAACUGAUUGAGCAGCGCAAGGACCAAGAGGCCACGCAUCCGGGCUUGCUAAGUCCUGAUUACGUCCCCGAAACUGGCGUGGCCGGUAAACGUCCGUUCAUAGACGGUAUUGCUCUUCCGUUCAGUCUUAAGAAAGAUGCCGAAACAGCGAGCAUGGUCACAUUGAACUCUGCAGUGACACCAUUGGGCGGCUCUCGUCCGCUGAGUCCACUGGGAUCUCGAAUGGACUUAUCAGGUCAGCCAGAAUCCGAGGACGAGGCUAGAGCUGAACAAAUGCUGGCAGCGGCACCUAAAGGACCAACUACCGGAACCGCUGUUGAGGGUAAUAUUCCGCAGAUCAAGGAACCAGACCAGAAUGGACAGGCCGCGUCCAAGUAA